AUGACUAGUCCAACCAUAGCCCCAUUCGGCCAAUGGAAUAGCCCAAUCACCUCAACCUUGCUCGGUGCCGACGGUGUUCAAUUUGAAACCAUCGCGGCGUCUAACGGGAAGAUCUUCGUUCUUGAAUGUCGCCCCAAAGAGCAGGGCCGAGGCUGCAUUGUCGAGUACUCUGGUCCUGGAGGGCGCGAUGUUCUACCGAUCAAAUAUGAUGCCCACACCAAAGUCCAUGAGUAUGGCGGUGCGUCAAUGAUUGCUUUCAACGGGCAGAUCGUGUUUUCCGAUCGGGAGACACAGGAUCUGCACAGACUCGAUCCCUCCACUGGCCAAGUGGAGCGAAUCACCAACACUGAUGUUGCUCUCCGCUAUGUUUGCACAUCUGCCUGGGUCGACGAGCAAGGGACCCCUGGAUGGUUACUGGCCAUCGAAGAAGACCACUCUAAGCCAUUGCCGUCAGAGAUUCGGAACCGGCUCGUGGCCGUUAACCUGCAGUCCAAGGAAAUUGUCAACAUUGCUUCCGGUGAUGAUUUCUACAGCGCUGCGCAGUUCUCCCCUGAUGGUAGCAGAGUCUGCUGGACUCAGUGGUCCCACCCGGAUAUGCCAUGGACUGGAGCACGUUUGUACACGGCUAAAUGGAAUAAUGGCCAGGUCGCAGAUGUUCAACUUGUGGCUGGCAUUUCUCAGAAAGAGAGUGUUUCCCAACCCCGUUGGGGCCCCAAUAACACAUUGUACUUCGCGGCCGACUGCUCAGGGCACUACCAACUCUACCGUUUGAAGGUUGGCAGCUCCAAAAGCCAAAAGUUAGCCCUUCAUGGCCUGGAAGAGGUGGAAUUUUCGCAGCCGGAUUGGCGCUUGGGAGGCUGCACGUUCUUGAGCCUGAGCCCAUCUUCAAUGAUUGCUUCAUACACAAAGGAUGCUCGAUGGAGUUUCAUCUUAAUCGAUCUGACGAACGAUACUUGGCGCGACCUGAACGUCCCGGUAUCAGACACAAUCAUGUUAGCCAAUCAACCACUCUCAAGUACAGAAAUUGCACUCCUUGGGUCCAGUGAAACCAGCUUCAACACCGUCUAUACGCUGGACAUCGUUGAUACCAAGCUGAACGCUAUUAAAGCGGCUUCCGAAUUUUCCAUGCCGGCUUCGCUUGUCUCCCGACCGGAGCACAUCUCUUUCCCAAGAGUCCAUGGUGAAAACCGGAAAGGGCUGUCCCAUGCUAUCUUUUACCCCCCCCAAAACCCAGACUAUCAAGCGUCACCUGGGACACUUCCCCCUUUGAUAGUGUGUGUUCAUGGCGGACCGACAUCUCAGACCGGGACUGGCCUGAGUAUCACAGACCAGUAUUGGACUACCCGAGGCUAUGCUGUUGUUUGGGUUAACUACGGAGGUAGCUCAGGGUAUGGCAGAGCGUACCAGGAUGAACUGAACGGGCAAUGGGGUGUCCUUGAUACCGCAGAUACUGCUAGCUGUGUGUCCUACCUAGCUUCGGCGGGCAGAAUUGACCCGAAUGGAGUAGGCAUUCGCGGCGGAAGCGCGGGAGGCUACAUCGUCCUACAAGCGCUGUGCGACUAUCCCGAUCUUUUCGCCGGUGGUAAUUCACUUUACGGUAUAAGCAACGUCCGUGCUCUUUGCGAACACACCCAUAAAUUCGAGAGCCACUAUGCUUUUGCUUUACUGUUUGAACCUGGUGCGAGUGAAGCCGAGAAAGACCGCAUCUUCAAAGAACGCAGUCCCUGCUUCAAGGCAGACAAGAUUACCGCGCCCAUGUUGUUGCUACAGGGAGACGAGGAUAUGGUUGUUCCCUUGGGCCAGGCGGAAGAAAUGGUUGAGAUGAUGGUCAAGGUGGGCCGUCAUCCGAAACUUGUGGUCUUCCAUGGUGAAGGGCAUGGGUUCCGCCAGGCUAAGAAUCGGAUUAUUGCCGUCGAAGAGGAAGAGAAGUGGUGGAAGAAAAGCCUGCUUAAGCUUUAG